GUGACCGCUUCGAUUCUCAUUGCAAGAGUUUCACGCCGUAACCGGGUUUGAAUGUGAUACUCAUAUCUCGCUUGAGGAGUUUGAAGAGUGGAAAUAUGAUGGUGGUUUCUGGAGCAAGGUUUUGAGGAGAAAAGAUGGAACAAUUACACUCUUCAACCUGUGGACUAGGGACAAGGAAGCUGUAAAGAAGUGGAGGAAUGCAGAUCGCAUACGUCUUAUGUACUUGGCGAUCAUUCUUUGUGUGGUAUUGGCGAGAGAUGAGAAGGCUAAUAUCCCCCUGAAGUACAUCGCGGUGGUCAUGGAUCUUGACAGAGUUCGAAGGUAUCCUUGGGGAGUUGCUGCUUAUGACCUUCUCUGCAAAUCAAUAGCCAAAAAUCGUUCCCAACUGAAGGAAAAUACCACUAGCUGUAUCUUGGAUGGCUUCUCAUACGCCUUGCAGAUUUGGGCAAUGGAAGCGGUACCAAAAAUUGGGAAGCUUUGUGGAAAAAAGCUGGAUAAGGGUUUCAAGGACGGUCCUAGAUGCAUAAACUGGAUGGGAGCUGCGAAGGUGUCAUAUGAGGAGAUCAUUCGCUUGGAGGAGAUUAUUACACCCAAGGAUGACAUCUACCCAUACAUCUCAUGGACAGGAAAUUAUGAUGUUGUCAAAGCUCAGGCGUUUCGCAGAGAUGAUGAUGUGGAGGAUGAUAGAAUCAAGGUUCUGAUGGAGAUGAUAAAGAAGGGGCAUGAUUUUAGUGAGCAUGUUUGGGAAACUGAAGAAAAUGAAGUGAUUUCUUUAUCUCUCGAUGAUGAAUCAGCUGUGAAUGAUGAAGCAAGCGUGAAUGUUGAAGCAGCCGAGAGUGAUGACGACUUUCAGACUCCGAAAGGAUCAAAAAACGUUGGUUCUAGAUCAAAGAGGGGUAAAAAGAGGCUUCCCGAUCGUGGUAUGGAGAAGAGAAAGCAUAAGGUUCUCGCAAGUGGCGCAAAGCAAGCUCCUUUUAAUGAAGACAUGAAGGCUUUUAUGACACAGUUGUUUGAGCACAACUUCUCUGGAAUGGAACAAAGGAUACAGAAACAGAUGGCCGAGACAUUUGAGCAGAUGCGGACAGAGCUUAAACAAUCACGUAAGGAAGCCAGCGUUGAAGUUGAGCUUGGAGAGCCUUCACCGACAAAGCCAUCGACGAGCCAGGCACCGUUGAGGAGGUCCACACGCGGGGUAAACAAACACUAGUCUUCACCAUCCUCUUCAAUGUUAUUUUGUCUUGUUUAAGUUUGUGGUUUGCGUGUCUGUUUGUUUUAUUGACAUCUAAGUUAUCGGCCUGAAUUUUGUUGUACUUUAUAAGGUCUCGGUUUGUAUGUGUGCUUGGUGUGUAAGUGUCCUUGGUUUGUAAGUGUCUUGUUUGAACUUAUGUAAUGGUCUGAAACUUUUAUGUAAAAUAAUUAUGUAAUGAUAAUGUAUUUUGGUGUCUCAAUUAUUGCUUAUUUGUCGUGACAUAACAGGAUGGUUCCGAGACUACAUUCGAUGUGAAUUAUAGUGAAGCAGAUGAUAUGGGUCGCGGGAUAGGUACGCAAAGGGUUGAAGGGCUUUCUCAGACGUCGUAUGUGCCAGGCUUUGAUCCAUCUCAGGACAAAAAAGAAGAAGAUUGGUGGACUCCAAUGACUUCGGUCCGAGGUUCAGUGGAUAAUCCAGUAAAGAAAGAAUAGACAGAGAUGAAUACAGCUUCACCGCCGUCACAGUGGGAGAAAUGGUGCAAAAGAAAGGGUCAUGGACUUCAGCUUAGAGAUUCACCAUUGCCAAAAGAUGCUUCUCCGCAGGCGUCACUUUAUUAUAUCUCCGAAGAGUCAUGUAAAGGAUUCACGGAGUGGGCAUUAAAGCCUAUACCUUUAACAAUUGGUCCUACAUGCUUUAAUUUGGCUGUAGCUACAAGAGUAGUAAGUGCUGGAAAAUGGCUUGGAAACAAGGUAAUGAAUCUUGUACUAACCUUUAGUGAAUUUAUCUUCCUAAUACUUCGUAUAUGCUAUAUUACUUAACUUUCAUUGUAAAUUUUUAGGAGAUGGGUGCGGUUAUGUUUAUAUGGCGUGUGAACACUACAUUGAAUCGUUGGGCCCCUCGCCGUGUUGCUUUCAUGAGUGCUAUGUUUUGCCUCCAAGUAGACGCUGCAUACAAGAAGUUUUUACCAAACAAAAAAGCCUAUCAAUUGCCUGAUUUCCUUCUUGGGUACGGCAGAGGAGAGCUUCCAUCUCAUGGGCAGACUGAUCUAGUUUGGGGUGUUGAUGUUGAUCGACUCUACUUUCCUCUGUUUGUAAAUGGUAACCAUUCAGUUCUUUUUACAUCCUAGUAUACAUUUCUUCGUUUACAUAUUUUUGUGGACUCGAACGCAGGUAAUCACUGGGUUGGUGUCUGUGUAAACAUCAUUGAAAGAAAAGUGGAAGUCUUUGAUUGCGGUCGGGGAAAGAACAGACAGUACGUUGAGAAGUUUGCUGCUAUCAUUCCUAGGAUAGUGAAGUCCGUUGCACCACAAGAAAGACAGAAGCAGCUACUCCUCUCAUCAUAUUCUAUCGUGGAUGUGCCUAUGAAGUUGAGAUUGAACAAAAGUUGUUGUGAUUGCGGUGCAUACGCUCUGAAGCACUUGGAAUGCUCGCUGCUUGGUCUUGACGUCAGUUUAAUGGAUGAUGAAAUCAUUAUGGGUUGUAGACAGAAGAUUGGAGUGGACUUAUGGGAGGCUGCACACGACCCCAUCUUUGCUGAGGUUAUGACACGAUAUGUGCCUUCACCAUGGGAGAGGUCUGAGGUCUUUGACCUCGAGGAUGAUUGAUUAACUGUGAUUUUAGUAGUUUGGUUUGUUAGAAUUAGAAAACAACUUUGGCUUUGGUAUUUGAUUUGAAUUAAGAAACAACUCUAGAUUUGAUUUUGUAUAAAUUAUGAAACAACCCUAUAAAGAAUUGUGUGCUACAAAAUCAUAAAACCAGAGGACCCAAACCCUAAACAAACCCUUAACUAAAACCAUAACCAUAGACAUACCCUAACCAAACCCUAAAACCAUAAUACAAUAAUGAUUUUUAAUCAUACCCUAAACAAACCCUAAAUCCGUAAUUCGUAGUCAAACCCUUAACCCUAAAGAAACUCUAAAACCAUAACCGUAGACAUACUCUAACCAAACCCUUAACUAAAACCAAAGUACAAAUUAAUCCAACGCCUCAAACACACACCUAUUUAUUGAUUAUUUUUGUACAUUGGUCACUAUCUAAGUACGUCCGUCCACUAUGUUUGAUAGAUGUUUAAACACUAAUUUAGAGGGUUCAAAGACAAAGUUCUUGUGGUGUUAUCGAUAAAUUUAGUGACUUUUUUCUGCUCUGCCUUAGCUAGAAUACGCGUUAUGGGAGUAUGAAACGACGUAGUUUUGGUUAUUUUUUUGACCUAAUCUCUUUUCUUCCUCAUUCUUCCUCGACAGAGAGAUUGCAGCGGCGAAAAGUUGGAGAUCGACUCCCUCAUGUCUUCAGUAAAUUCUUCAUCCACUACAAGAGAUCACCUCGCGAAACAACGGGGAAUUCCCACAAGAUGCAAUUGCGGUGAGGCAGUGAAUCGUUUCACUUCAAAAACAAUUCAAAAUCCGGGAAGAUUAUUUCAUUGUUGUCCUUUGGGAUCUCAGAAGGUUAGUCGUGUUAUCAUAUAACUGUCUCCUUGUUGUCCGAUGAGAGUAGAAUUAGUCAAUCUAAUUGUGUAUUGGAUGUUACUGAUGAAGGACAAAACCCACUUGUUAAAAUGGACUGACAAGUCAGUUGUUGAGGAGAUUGAAGACUUCCAAGACCUGUUUGACGUGUUACUCGUUGACAAUUCCGAGUUUCAGAAAUCAGUGAGAGCUGGUGAAGCCAUGAUGACACGCCAUGAGAGUAGAAUUCAAGAGAUGGAAGAUGCAAUGUGCCAUUGCGAAGAGAAGACCUCGGAAUGCAUUAGGGAACUAAGGAGCAUAAAAGCUUUGUUUGUGUGUUGUUUGGUGAUGGUCUUCUUGUACCAUAUCUAUGCAUGAUGUUCAACAAAGGCAGCGACUUCGCGCACAACUACUUUUAUGUGCUUCCUCAACUUGUUGUUUCUUUUUUCAAAGAAGUUAAGACCAUGUUUCUUGUUAUUUCGAGGUGAUCAUCAUCUACUGAAACGAAUUAUUUUGCAAAUACUUUGGUUGUUACUAGAAUAAAUCGAUUUGUCUCUAUAGUUUAGCAAAUACCAAAUUGUCAAAUAGGUUCUUAAACAGAAGAUCAAAUAGUUUCAAAAGCAAUAAGAAAAAAAACAGAGACAGAUGCAGACACAUAACAAACUAGAUGGGUAAAUCGCAUGUUCCUCUCUUGUGUCCUUCAGUUCCACAACGGCUGCACUUAUGCUUUUUAUUCUUCCUUGAUCCUUGAGAAGAUGCGAUCUUGUCUUCUACUGAUUCAUACCUUCUCUUUACUGGUCGACCAGCACUCUUUCUUGUCUUUGGUGGUAAAACCUUUGCAAGUUUAACCUCAGCAGGGACAUUCCAUUCAGACUCUAGAACUGCUAUUGGAUUAAUGGAAUCUGCAUAGGCGGUUCUCCACGCUGCAGUGCUGUAUAAGGCGUCAGUGAAUCUGUGCACUUCCAUACCUGUCAAUCUCAAAAAAAACUUGAUCAAUAUGAAGUCUAUAUGAUGAAAAUCCCGAAAAUAAAUAAUUCUCAAGUAUUCAUGUGUUUAUACUUCCAUACCUCGUGAAUAAAUUGCAGGAAUGGCGUGUCGGCAAGGAAUUUUUCCUAUAUCAUACUUACCACAUGUGCAUGUUCUUCUUUCCAAAUCAACAUGACAAUCAUAUAUGUCUCCUUUUACAACCGAUCUGAAGUUGUCAACCUUGUAAACCUGGAAUCCUUUUGCCUUCACAAUUCUCCUAUCAAUCUUUCUCUCCACCUUAGCGGUUAAAGGAUCUAGAUGCUUUGAGCUUAACAAGCGACGCUCAUAGAACCAUCGAGUCAACAGUUCUCUUAUACUAUCAAGCAAAGGAAUAACCGGAUAUUCUCUAGGUAUUCUAAGAACUGAAUUUAUAGACUCUGCAGGGUUCGUGGUCCUAAUGUCAUACCUGGAACCAGGGAAGAGAGAACGAGCUCAUUUGCGCACAUCAGCCUCCCGUAGAUAUCUUCCAAGCUCAGGACUCAUAUCAAAAAUUUUGGUGAUACGUUCUUGAAAUUCAGUGUACCUAUAUGCCCGUGAAGCCUUUUCCACCAACGCAGUCAAUCCUUUUGUCUUGAAAAAUGAGACCACAUUGGUCAAUAAGUGAUGAAUGCAAAUUCCAUGUGCUGAUCGAGGGUAGACAGUCCCAAUAGCUUUAGAAAUAGACGCAUUUCUAUCUGAGACAAAAGCUAGAUCUUGACAAUCAGCAAUAACCACUUUCAACUGUCUGAAGAACCACCCCCAUGAAUCGUCAUUCUCUGAAUCAACAACCCCAAAUGCAAUCGGAUACAAAUUAGAGUUACCAUCUACAGCAGUAGCAACAAGAAGUGUCCCUUUGUAUUUAUUUUUCAGAAAAGUUCCGUCAACGACAAUCACCCUUCGCAUUGCAUUGUAGAAUCCUCUAACUGAUUGCCCAAAUGACAUAAAUAGAUACAUGAAUCUUCCCUUCUCAUUAGUUUCGUAGUGAGUAUGCGUACCAGGAUUUGCUUCUUUAAUCAUAUGCAAAUAUGCUGGUAUUUUAGAGUAACUGCGAUCUGGUAUACCUCUAGCAGCUGCAAUAGCAAACUCACGAGCUUCCCAAGCGUGCCAAUAAGUAAUCUCACAACUAUGCUCCAUUCUCAUAAAUUGAAUGAUGUCAUUCGGUUUUGGGCCAUCGUUUGCAUCAUCAAAUCGAUGUUGUAUCAGAGUCCCAAUUGUUCUUGCCGAUGCUGUUUUUCCGAAUUUCCUUUUCUUUGAAGGAGCACAUGAAUGUCUUCCAUCACAUUGGUUGAUCAUGAAAUAUGUAGACCCAUCUAUUCCUUCUGCACGCACAGUCCAGUUGCACAAUGCAUCCUUACAUCGAAUAUACCACCAUUUUCUCGUGGAUUUGAUAACAGUGUAAUCGAAAUUAUUCUUCAUCGCCAAAAUUUCCAUUGUUGCCUUCAGAACCCCUUUACUUGUGAAAAUUUGAUCCUUCUUCACGAAGUCUCCUCUCCAAGCUCGACCAUCCUUAUCACUGUCUCCAUUGUUUUGACAAAGUUCAAUGUUUUCACUCCUUAAAGCACCGCAACCAUCCGCAGCGACAUGAUUCGUUCUUUUAACAAAAGACUCCUUUGACGGCUUGACAAACUCUGCUCGAUUUAUCUCAGGAACUUCUUCAUCCUCAACAUUACUUGAAUCAUAAGGCUCCUUAUUCAAAUCGAUAUUGACUCGUUCCUUUUGAUUUACACCAGAAACAGAGAACAUCACACACAAGGUAGUAGACGAUUCCCUCUUUGCAUAGCCCACAAAAUUAGAUGCUUGCCGAUCAUUGGUGAUAAUAAUUGGAGGAUUCCUUUUUUGAUUCAACAACGAAUAACUGAACUCGGCAUUAAUGGCAUUAUGGUCCACCCCAUAAUCCUCACACACCAUUAUCUUGAGCUGCUUCAACGUAGUAGUAGUUGCUAAUGUUACCAUUCGACCACGCCUUUCUUUUUCUACCACGAAACUCCAGUCAUCACCGCGACUACACAUCUAUUCACCCGAUUUGACAUAGAUUAGAACCAUGUUGUAUUGAUAGAGAAAAGAGAGAUGAUUAUGUCGAUGAAGAAGAGAGAAACA